AUGCCUCCAACAUUAAAACUUGUUGAAGAUGCAAAAGAAGAGAAUUAUGGUUACGUUUAUGGUGUUUCUGGGCCUGUGGUAACUGCUGAGAAAAUGGCGGGUUCAGCUAUGUAUGAAUUGGUGCGUGUUGGUCAUUCGGAAUUGGUUGGUGAAAUUAUUCGACUUGAAGGGGACUUUGCCACAAUUCAGGUCUAUGAAGAUACAUCUGCAGUAACAAUUGGCGAUCCAGUUUUGCGAACUGGUAAGCCAUUAUCUGUUGAACUUGGACCCGGCAUUAUGGGGUCCAUUUUCGACGGUAUUCAACGUCCACUCAAAGAUAUCGCCGAAGUUACAAAUUCGAUUUAUAUUCCAAAAGGUAUUAAUGUUCAUGCCCUCUCGCGGGAAGCUCGGUGGGAUUUCGAACCAAAUAAAAAACUUCGAGUAGGAGAUCAUGUUACUGGAGGAGAUAUUAUUGGCAGUGUCAAAGAAAAUCAGUUGAUCAUUCAUCGUAUUCUCCUACCUCCAACAUCUUGUGGUACUAUUAAGUUUCUAGCAGAUUCGGGUCAAUACACUGUUUCGGAUAUUAUUUUGGAAACAGAAUUUGCCGGCGAAAAGUCUGAAUUUACUAUGUUGCAAGUUUGGCCCGUACGUCAGCCGCGACCUUGCGCUGAAAAACUAGCUGCCAAUUUUCCACUCUUAUGUGGACAAAGAGUUCUUGAUGCUUUGUUUCCAUGUGUUCAAGGCGGUACCACAGCUAUCCCAGGAGCUUUCGGUUGUGGGAAAACUGUCAUAUCGCAGUCCCUCUCAAAGUUUUCUAAUUCUGAUGCGAUUAUUUAUGUUGGUUGUGGUGAACGUGGUAAUGAGAUGUCAGAAGUACUUCGUGAUUUUCCCGAAUUAACUAUGGAAGUGGAUGGUGUUGCCACAUCCAUUAUGAAGCGAACAACAUUAGUGGCAAACACAUCAAACAUGCCUGUAGCUGCUCGAGAAGCUUCAAUUUAUACGGGCAUUACUCUGGCCGAAUAUUUCCGAGAUAUGGGUCUUAAUGUUUCCAUGAUGGCUGAUUCGACGUCUCGUUGGGCUGAAGCUCUUCGAGAAAUUUCCGGUCGUUUGGGAGAAAUGCCAGCUGAUUCAGGUUAUCCAGCUUAUUUAGCAGCCCGUCUUGCUUCCUUUUAUGAGCGUGCUGGUAAAGUUAAAUGUCUCGGUAAUCCAGAAAGAGAAGGAUCUGUCACUAUCGUUGGAGCGGUAUCACCUCCAGGUGGUGACUUUGCUGAUCCUGUUACCUCUGCAACGCUAGGAAUUGUACAGGUGUUUUGGGGUCUCGAUAAGAAGCUUGCGCAGCGUAAACAUUUUCCGUCUAUCAAUUGGCUUAUUUCAUACAGUAAAUAUAUGCGAGCGUUGGAUGAUUAUUAUGACAAGAAUUUCCCAGAAUUCGUUGCGUUACGUACUAAAUGUAAAGAAAUCCUCCAGGAGGAAGAAGAUCUUUCGGAGAUUGUCCAAUUAGUCGGCAAAGCAUCAUUAGCCGAAUCAGAUAAGAUUACUCUCGAAGUCGCUAAGAUAAUUAAGGAUGAUUUUCUUCAACAAAACGGUUAUAGUCCCUAUGACCGAUUUUGCCCAUUCUAUAAAACUGUCGGAAUGCUUAAAAAUAUGAUUGCGUUUUACGACCUUGCUCGCCAUGCAGUUGAGGGAAGUUUGCAUUCUGAGAACAAGAUUACAUGGGCUAUUAUUCGUGAUCAAAUGGGCGAUCUUAUCUAUCAGUUGUCUUCAAUGAAAUUCAAGGAUCCAGUAAAAGACGGCGAAGAGAAAAUUAAGAAAGAUUACGAAGAACUUCACGAAAAAUUACAAACUGCAUUUCGUAAUUUAGUGGAUUGA